AGGGUUUUUAAAGAGUGGCCAUGAAUUUGGAGGGUUGAAGUUUUUUGGGAGACGAAAAGCUUUGUAGUUGAAGGUGGUCCAAGAAAAUCAUCACAGGAGCCAUCAAAGGGAUUUGACUCUGGAUUCCCACGGAAAUCUUCACCAUCUCUAUCAAAAUCAAAACCUUGGAGAUGCUGAGGAGGAGGAAGAAGAAGAAGAAGGGGAUCAACAGCCUCAGAACCUCUCUCUGAAAACCCACCUCGAGCCCCCAACGGCGUCGUUUCAAGAGCUCUUCCAUCCAAACCACCUCCUUUACGCACGGAGGACUGACCCCAGUCACCAACCGCCGCCGCCGGAGCAGCUGCUUCCACCUCCGCCGCCCAAGAAGCGGUUAUACUUUCCCCCUUCGUCCUCGUACCUGGGGACCGCUUCCGAGUAUGCGAGAAGAAUGGACGAGGGUGAGGGCGACGGCCGUGACAACCCCUCACCACCGCCGUCGCUGACGAAGCACGGCGGCGGCUCAAGAGGCGGCGCCGCAGUGAUGGGAGAGAUCGUUGAGGUGCAGGGGGGCCACAUCGUGAGGUCCACCGGCCGGAAGGACCGCCACAGCAAGGUCUGCACGGCCAAGGGCCCCCGGGACCGCCGCGUCCGCCUGGCGGCGCACACCGCCAUACAAUUCUACGACGUCCAGGACCGCCUCGGCUACGACCGCCCCAGCAAGGCCGUCGACUGGCUCAUCAAGAAGGCCAAGGCCGCCAUCGACGAGCUCGAGGAGCUUCCCGCCUGGCACCCCACGACCGUAGCUGCAGAAGACGCGCAGAAGAAGCUCGAGCUGCAGAACCAGCCGCAGAACAUGGUGAUUUCCGAGGCCUCCGGUUCGUCGGGCAAGAGGGAAAUGGCGAUGCUUGGCGGUGGGAACGAGCAUAUGUCGGGGUUUCUUCCCCCGUCGUUAGACUCCGACGUUAUAGCCGACACCAUCAGAUCCUUCUUCCCCAUUGGCGGCGGCGGAGCCACCGGCCAGGCCAGCUCCUCCGCGGUGCAGUUUCAGAGUUUCCCGACCCACGAUUUGUUCUCGAGAAACAGCAACAACAGCCAAGAUCUGAGGCUGUCUUUGCAGUCGUUUCAAAAUCCGAACUUUAUCCACCACCAUACCCCGCCGCCGCCGGCGGCGGCGCACGCAAACCCAGAACAUCACGCGCGGCCCCAGCAGGGGCAGCAGCACGUACUCCUGACCGGCAUCCCGCUAGGGUUUGACAGCUGGCAGCACCAGCCGGCUCCCGAGCUCGGCCGUCAGCAGCACCUUCCUUCCUGGAGCUCCGGUGACGCCACAACCGCCGGAUUCUCGUUCGGCUCGCAGCACCUGUUGGGCGGCGGCGGCAGCAGCAGCCACAACCAACAUUUUCUUACCAGUAUACAGAGGGGACCCCUUCAGUCCAGUAACUCACCUUCGGUUCGUGCUUGGAUGGACCCACCAGCGGCCAUGGCAGACAACCUCCACCACCAUCCCGGAUCUUCGUCCGUCUAUGUCCCGUCGCCGUUUUCCGGCGGGAUUGGCUUCUCCGGAUACAGUGGGUUCUCAGGGUUUCACAUCCCGACACGAAUUCAGGGUGACGAGGAGGAGCACGAUGGAUACUCAGACAAGCCAUCCUCUGCUUCCUCCGAUUCCCGCCAUUGAAACUUUUUCCAACUCGCGUCUGCAAAACCAUCCUCCCUUGAGCAGGAUAAAUAAAAGAGGAAUUCUAGAACCGGUGGAAGUCUUCGGUGUUCUUGACAUGGGAACAGAUGGGAAUUGGAUGAAGAGAGUUUAUGUGAGUUUCUUUCUCGAUGGCCGCUGGCUUUUCCGGUGUGGCGAAAGAAUUCUUGAUUCGAGUGUCAGGUUCUUUUUCCAAUCAUUCCGGUUUGCCACUCUAUGUUAGUUGCUUUGUGUUUGUGUCUGAAUGAGCUGAUUACGUAGAGAGCUCUAGACUGUUUUCCAGACAAUUUCGAUUUGCUUCUGUGUAUUAGGACUUCUUUAUGUUAAUGUGUGAAUGUCUGCUUGUUUUGCUGCUAUCUGAUCAAUUCCAAAGUUGGGAGUUGAGUAUUUGAAGUUUAAAUUAAUAGUCCUUGAAUCUUCAUACAGCCAAUCCUGGAUAUUUUAAUUUAAUAAGAUUUUGUGUGACAGCUACGAAACCUGACCUACGUUUUGCUUAGUCGUGAGCUCGAAACAAUUGGGCUGUUUCCUCUUAGUAGAAAUUGUCGAUUAUUUGCAUGAAGGGAACACCAUUCUUGAUCAAUCUUGCUCGAGCUCUAUUUCAUCCAUCUUCUUGAUUGCAUGUUUUAAGCCUUCUAAUAGUUGCUUGGCCAUUUUGUGUUUUGGCUGGUAGCAUCUGUUGAGAAAGUUCAAUACCAAAUCCUAACACUACUUCAACCUUUUUCCCCUCAUCUGAGAAUGCAUUUGAACUGAAAUUUGCUUCGACAUUAAUUUGCUUGCAAGAUUUCUCAAUUGUUGAUCUUAGCUUUCAAGUAACUAGGAAAUGUUGUCUAUAAUAGUGGCAUAUUUGGUCAUACAUGCAUCUAGGCUGGUGUUGUGAUAUAUUACGUACAACGUUGUCAAAAUUAUUCUUUUCAGUCGAUUUAGCCAGAAGCUUGUAGUAAUGCAGUACAGUAUAAAUUGACAUCAGGUUGGUAACUAUUAUUGCAGCUGAUUGAAAGGUUAAAUCCCAAGUCUUUGAAAAGAGGUGAAUGAUGAAGAAGAGAUCACAAAUUAUGUGGAAAAUGGAUUGGAAAUAUCAUAUAAAAGACUCAAUUAUGGAAAAAAAACACCCUUCAAAUACAACCAAAAUUGGAUGCUACCGUUUAGUGACCAUCAUUAAUUGUAAUGGUCCCAAUCUCUAGAAAUUGUCCUCUUUGCUGUGCCUGUUUAAAAAUCUCUUCAAGGGAAGGGCAUAGCUGGAAAAAUUUCUAUCUAUAUCAUAUACCUUCUGCACAAAUGAGAAAAUAAAAAUAAAAAGGAAUAGUAAUAAUAAAUAGAAUGUUUGGCCUCUACUGAGAUGGUGACAAUUGCUUGAUGGUUGUUGGUACUUUAUGGCUGUUUAGUACACUGCUGGAAAAGGUGGAAUAAUAGUAGCAGGUAUUUUUGGAGGAGNGGAAUUCAGCUCCAACCGAAAAAUCUAUUUUCAAGUC